UCAAAUUUGAGUUUUCGUGGUGAACCCUUGCCGGCUGCAUAAUUCUCUUCUCUUUCUCUCUAUUAGACCUAAGAACUCACUCCUGUAGGAUCUCAUCUUUAGCCAGUAUCAGCAGUUGAAGGCGACGACGAAGGAAGGAUGUGGCCAAGUGGAAACGAUGGUGCCCCGGAAGUUACUCUGGAAACCUCCAUGGGUUCAUUCACCGUCGAGAUGUACAUACGGCACGCUCCGAGAACUUGCAGAAACUUCAUUGAACUCUCUCGCCGUGGUUAUUAUGAUAACGUUAAGUUCCAUAGAAUCAUCAAGGAAUUCAUUGUGCAAGGUGGGGAUCCUACUGGGACUGGAAGGGGUGGAGAAUCUAUAUACGGUGGUAAGUUUGAGGAUGAAAUUUCACCAAAACUUAAGCAUACAGGAGCUGGCAUCUUAUCAAUGGCCAAUGCCGGUCCAAAUACCAACGGAAGCCAAUUCUUCAUAACUUUGGCACCAACACCGUCAUUGGAUGGAAAACAUACUAUAUUUGGAAGAGUAUGCAGAGGAAUGGAGAUCGUAAAGAGGCUUGGUAGUGUUCAAACUGAUAAUAAUGACAAGCCCAUCCAUGAUGUGAGAAUUCUGAGGGCAAAAGUUCAAGAUUGAGAGUCUGCCGAUGAAGGAUGUAAAGAGGAGUGUUACAUUGGGGUGAUAUUAAUUCUGGAAUCAACCUAACACCACUUUUCCAGUAUCUUUUGUAGAAGUAAUCAUCACUUUCAUAUCAGUGUCCAGUUUCUGGGAAUAUUUAUUUUUCUUGAAUUGAAGUCUAACUGGAUGAUGGAGACAUCAUUCUUAUUUGUAGAGUGAUAGGUUUCUUGAAAUUUAGCAAAAUUUGAGACUCAACAAUCUAAGAUAGACUUAUGGCCCUUAAUCUGGUUUUAAUCUUGCUUGUCAUUGUUAUUUUAUUUUGU